GGUCAACAUAGCAACGACGCAUAUAAAUCGCCCGAUAAACAUUGAAUUCGCCAUAUUUAUUUGUUGAGCCGUUCUAACGUGAGCUGUCUAUACUGUCUAGAUUUCUAAAUUUUUCAUUUUAGUAACAUUCAACAUGGCUGGUGCCGAAAAUAAGCUGACUUUGCCACACGAGGUAAUAGAUGAUUCACAGUACCCACAAGAACGUACAGGAGAACAAGCUUGUGAUACCAAUGCAGCUUCAUUAACAGAAAACAUGCCUCCAUGUGCUAGUCCAGGUAAUCCAAUAUUUUCCUGUAUGGAAAGGCCAACAAUAGAAGCACCACAACAAAGUGAUGAAGGUUGGUUUGAAGGUUAUGGCACAAAAUCACAACACCCAAUGUACAGAACAACAAACUCCAAAUAUGGCUCCAUGCCUCCAAGUGUCCACACAAUGCCAACAAGUUUUCAUGCUAGGUCACAGAAGUUCUCAGAACCUUUAGGAAAAUGUGGAAUGUAUCGCAAUAAAGGACUCAACACAGGAAUGGACCAGAGUAAAGUUUAGCAGCUGCCACUAAAACAAACACUUACAUUUAAAUUUUUCUCACUCUUAGUUAGAUUCUAAAUAUGUCAAAUUAUAGGUUUCCAAAAUGAGAAAUCUUCUAAAUAUGCUCUAUUUGUGUACAGUAUGGUAUAAUUAGUAAUUGAAACAUAACAUGAAAAACAACUGUAACUAAAAUAAAAUACAUUUGUAGAUUUACA